AGGGCAGCAGGAGGGGAUAAGGUGGAGGUUGUGGCGGUGAGGGGUUGUAUCCCUGCUCUAGCAGACUCUGGUGUCUGACUUGGGCUCUGUGGUGUUCGAGACCUGUUAGAGGUGCAUUUAUGGAUUGCAGGGCAGCAAGAGUUAUUCUGGAGAUGACUUUCCAGCAAUUUCUACCUUAGAGCUGUGUACAGAGUUUGCAGUCUGAGGCUCCCCAUUGCCCUGGGUGGUUUUCUGCAAGUCCCGGCAUGCAGGACAUGGCACCCUUACAAGACUUGUUCCUCGGGCUGGUGUGCCAUGCGUGCUGUCAGUCCCUCUGCUGACUUUUUCCUAAUGACCUGGCUUACAUUGGAACCUUCUUUAAGAGGAAAAAAAUGCUAUACGUCUUUCAGAAGAACCUCGGAAGUGAUCUUUGUGCAUGUCAGUGGUUUGAAAGCAAGCAACAGCGCCACGGGCUGGCCGUCUGCUUGGCGCUCACCACCAUGUGCACCAGCUUGUUGCUCAUGUACGGCGGCAUCGGAGGCGGCGGCGGGGGCCACCCGGAGCCUCGGCGGCGGCAGCAGCAGCAGCAGCAGGUGGCGGCGGUGCCCAGCCGCCCUCCGGGACGCGGCCAGCACCGCCCAGCGCUCCCCGUCGGGGCCGGACUCCUGGAGGGCUACAUCAGCGUCCUGGAGCACAAGCCUUUAAAAAUGCACUGCAAGAGCUGUGCAUUGGUAACCAGUUCUGGACACCUUCUGGGAAGUAAACAAGGUGACAGAAUCGACGAGACGGAGUGCGUAAUACGAAUGAAUGAUGCACCUACUCGAGGUUAUGGACAGGAUGUUGGGAACAAAACAAGCCUUCGAGUCAUUGCACACUCCAGCAUUCAGAGGAUUUUGCGAAAUCGCAAUGAACUCUUAAAUAUGAGCCACGGUGCUGUGUUCAUCUUCUGGGGUCCUAGCAGCUACAUGAGGAGAGAUGGUAAAGGCUUGGUGUACAACAACCUGCAGCUGAUGAAUCAGAUACUGCCUCAAUUAAAAGCAUACAUGAUUUCUCGCCACAAGAUGCUUCAAUUUGAUGACCUUUUUAAACGGGAAACUGGGAAAGACAGGAAGAUAUCCAACACUUGGCUUAGCACGGGCUGGUUCACAAUGACUAUCGCCUUAGAGCUGUGUGACAGGAUAAAUGUUUAUGGCAUGGUGCCACCGGAUUUCUGCAGUUGGCAAAGACGCAUUUCUUCAGUUCCUGUUCUGAAACGGUUAUGUCCCUGUCAUCACUGGAUCCUAAUCAUCUUUCAGUACCUUAUCAUUAUUAUGAACCUUUGGGACCCGAUGAAUGCACAAUGUACAUUUCACACGAGCGGGGACGAAAGGGCAGCCAUCAUCGGUUCAUCACAGAGAAACGAGUGUUUGAGAACUGGGCGCGGACAUUCAACAUUCACUUCUUCCAACCAGACUGGAAACCAGAACCACUUACUGUAAAUCACCCCGAGAUGAAAGCAGCAGUCUGAGGGAUGAAUGCAAAAGACUGCAACCGCAAUCACCGACUGUAUCAGCCAUCAGGGGGUUGGACCUUCUGGGACAGCAAGGCAACUGACAGCAAAAGGGUAACGGGAUUUGCAGCUGAUAACUGCAACAAGUCAGGAAGUUGCGAUGGAGGGGUAUAUAGAGAGCACUUUCUGUUGAACUGUGUGUUAAUCCGCUAUAUCGCCUUUCUGGCCAUCUGACUUCCUGUACGUGUGUGUGAUUUGUGAAAAGCAACUCGGUAUCAUUACAGGAUGGGUAAUUCAUUAUGGUUUUUUAAAGUACAGCACCACUGACUUUUCAUAGUGAAAACUGACGGUAUUUAUUUAAUGGAGGUUUUUAUGCAACCUAGGCCAGUAUUUUUCUAAUUCACAGUUCUGUGGUCGUUGAUCUUUCAUAAUCUUUCAAAUCCAAAAUUAAUACUGCUGAUGGUUUGAAAGGCCUAGCUUUUUAUUUAUAAAAUUUAUUUGAAAAAUAUGAUUCCGUAUAGCAUGUAAUUAAUACUCGAUCAGGAAACAUUGCAUUUCUUUUAAAAACUUUGGGCUCCCUUCCAGCCUAAAGCCUUUAACAGCAAGAAUGGUCCCAUGUGCAGAUCCAGAUAACUUCACAUUCUGGCAUCUCGUGUUAAUAUGAAAACAGUAGUGAAAAUUCUGUUUGAUAUUAAUGUGAAUUUGCUGCUGUGCUAUCAAACUGCUCUAUUUUAAUCCAGAGGUGGGGAAAAGGAAGGCGGAGUUCAUCCCAAAGAAGUCAGUUUACCGCACCAUGUUCUCGCUGCAGAAGAGACCAACUACAGCUGAGGGGUUGUAUUUCGUUUUGCCUGUUGUGGUCCUGCAGGAGGCUGAAGGAGCAGCCUUCCUGAGGCAACAACCUGCAGACCAGGCAACAACAUGACCAAAUUUCUAAAACCAGGAAGCUGUGUUACAGUGUGCUGCAGUACCAGGCAAAAAGAUGGUAAGGUCGCACCUGUAUGAUCCAUGCCUUCCACUAUUCCAAGACCACAACUGAUCUCAGAGAUCCUGGACUGCAUUGAAGCUGGGAUGUGGAAGGAUUUGUGUCCCCCUGAGAGCAGCAAAGUUACACCUGGCAGAAUCUGUGUGACAGACACAAGCCUGGCAAACACAAGGAGUGGACGAUGCCAGUUCUGUAUGUGGAAGCACACACUGAGUCUUACUGGGUUACAUUUGGCUUGUGAAUAAAGGAAAUUUCAUUUGUGCUAUUAUUUUUCCUUUUGCCUCACAAAUAUAAAAUCUCUAACUUGUCUUGUUGAUUAUGUUGAAGAAAUUAUUGCAUGAAACAUACUGACAAAGGGGUCUCUCAUUGGACAAAUAGUAAAGCUAGAACAAAGGCACUGAAGCCUCUAAACCCAAUGAGCUCAACCUCAGAGGCAAUAUAUGGAAUUGGGACCAAACUCAGUAUCAUUUGAACUCAGUUAUGACAUGUUAUGGCUUCCUCUUUCCAAAAUGUCAUAGCAACAGCUGCAGCUGCCCAACAGAUGCCCCAGUUCUCUAGGGACAAAUUGCAGUGAAGCGCCUUGUCAGGUAGAACAGUGUUGCCUCUGUAAUGCUGUGUAGACAUAAGAGAACCACUCUCCUUCAUAGAAUGGCUUGGGUUGGAAGGGUCCUCAAGGAUCAUCAAGCUCCAACCCCCCCACUGCAGGCAGGGCCACCAACCUCUGCAUUUAAUACUAGACCAGGCUGCCCAGGGCUCCAUCCAACCUGGCCUUGAACACCUCCAGGGAUGGGGCAUCCACAGCCUCUCUGGGCAGCCUGUUCCAGCACCUCACCACUCUGUAAAGAACUUCCCCCUGAUAUCCAACCUAAAUCUUUCUUCCUUCAACUUAAAACCAUUUCCCCCUUGUUCUGCCAGUAUGUACCCUUUCAAAGAGUUGACUCCCCUCCUGUUUAUAGGCUCCCUUUAGGUACUGAAAGGCUGCCGUGAGGUCACCCUGCAGCCUUCUCUUCUCCAGGCUGAACAAGCCCAGCUGCCUCAGCCUGUCCUCAUAGGGGAGGUGCUCCUGACCUCUGACCAUCUUUGUGGCCCUUUUCUGGACCCUCUCCAACAGCUCCCUUCCUUGCUGCAGCACUCCCCCCAUCACAAGGUAAGAAAGAAAGUACAACCUAUUUUGCCUUGGAACUUUUCUUUUAGUGCUCUUCCUGGUAUACAUCAUUCACCACACAAAAUUAAUACAAAUCUCUGCUUCUGCCAAUUACUUGUAACCCAUCUCUCGCCAGCUGAUCUCUAACUCUCCCUCAUUCAGUGAUUAUGUUUUAUCCCUUCCACUUCAUUUCACAAAAUUCUACAAAGAGCAGAAUGGGUUCUGAACUGAUAGUAAUUUGCACAUCCCUUUCAGCAUGUGUACUGGGGCAUGUAUCCAACGUGUAUUACUUGAAUUGAUGAACUCCAUCAAAUUGAUGUACAGAUCAUUUCUAAUAUGACUGCAAGAGAUGGUGCAGAUCUCAGUAGGUGCUGUGAUGCCACAACCUGUUAUUUUAUUAGUGAUAUAAUAAAAAGAUCUUAUCAUAAAGUAA